AUGGCUUCUUCAACGGACAAGAAGCCUGCACCUGCAGCGAAAGAUUCCCCAGCUACCAAGGCCGCGAAGAUGCAUCGAAGGUCUCGAUCAGGUUGCUUUACAUGUCGACUAAGACGCAAGAAGUGUGAUGAAGGAAAGCCAAGUUGCAAGGCAUGCCGUCACCUUGGACUGGACUGCGAGUACAAGAGACCACAUUGGUGGAGCAACAAUGAGACAAGACGGAAGCAUAAAGACUACAUCAAGACCAUCAUCAAGAGAACCAAGACUAAUGAGAAGACCUUGGGCUCUCACAGUCAAUAUUCUGCCAGUCACAUUACACAGCCUAGAGACGAUGACUCGCAAGAGGAAUACGAUAAUGUCUUCGACCAACCGUUCGUCGACACUCCUGGCAUCUACGAUCCCUAUGGCUCGACCAUAUAUAUGCCUCAGACCGAGUCCUACAGCCAUGGCUACCCAUGGGAAGUUGAUGUGAAAACAGAACGCCACACCUACAUCAACGAUGAACUUACUCGUAGAGACUCCACAAUAUCAACCUUCAGUACCUUUGUGCCUCCUCCCCCACAUUCAAUGCUUCCAUCAUGCGGCGGAGAGGACUGGGUUCAACCAGACUACUAUGACAAUCGACAGGACUCUUUCAGUGGCGAGGAAGGUAUCGACUUUAACUUCUUUGCUUUUCCCCACGUUACUCAGACCCAGCCACAAUGCUCCAUGGUUCAGCUAGAGGACUGUGAUCGGCCUCUCUUCGAUCAUCUGCUAGACAACGUUCUUCCUCUCUUGUUCCCAGUGCUUGAAGCCAAUCAACAUGGGUCUGUGCGAGCCGAUGUGAUCUUGCCGGCUCUCGAGAACAACAAAGCUUAUCUGCACUCAUGUCUCCUGGCUGCUGCAACACAUUUGAAAAGCCUCCAAGGCUUUGGCCCUACAACUAUCGACGACGACACCAUGCGACAUAAGUUGGCAUUUGUGACGAUUGUUGUAGAGGCUCUUAACGGUGAUACUCAUCACGAUGAAAUGUUGGAUGCACUACUCGGAAUGAUCUCACUGCAAGGUUGUGUAGGGUCAGCAAGUGACCUGGAAAAAGAACUCAUUCCCUGGCAUCAACACUUUCAGGCUGCCGCCGACAUUGUCCAAAAACUCAGCCUUCCUGCCGCUUUGGAAAGUCUCAGCCAGACUGGAGGACAUCCUCCAUUCAACAUGACACUCACUGCCUGGAUCGACAUCCUCGGCUCGACCAUGCUCGGCAAAGCUCCCAGAUUCUCACACACCUACAGGAAUAUGUUUUUCUCCAUGUCCAACGCCGGCCUAGAAAAAUUGAUGGGUUGCAACGAUCUCGUAAUGUACCUACUUUCCGAGGUUGCCUGCUUAGACUCUCUCAAAAAGGAGGCAAAGCUUGACGACAUCGGUAUGUGCAGUCACAUCACCUCACUGGCGCAGACACUUGAUCAGAUCGAACCCAACGAGCCCCUUCAGAUCCCAUAUUCCAAGUCAGGAGCACUACGCCCGAAGCAACUUUCAAAGAAUAUCAGUGCCAUCUUCCGCAAGGCAGCUCGCGUCUACCUCUGCUCACUUGUUCCAGAAUAUAACCGCUACCAAACAGCGACCGUCAACCUGAUUUCCCAGAUGGCCGAUCUGCUGCAGUACAUCCCAGCUGGCCCCAACGGCUACGACCGAUGCCUGGUUUGGCCCAUGCUCAUCUGUGGAGCAAACUCGAUCCCCGCAUCUCCGUUCCGACGAGCACUCUCCGAGCGCUGCGAAUCACUCGGAGACGCCGCCAACCACGGCAACUUCGGAAAAAUGGUCCGUCUUCUCCACGAAGUCUGGAGACUUAACGACGACAUUGUUGUUUCCGCUGGAGUGUGCGAAGCCACCCCUGUCACAGCCGGAAGCCCCGGAGGCUCGAUCUCAACACCGAUAGCCUCUGCCACUAACGCCACCACCGCAGCAGCCAACGCCGCAACCGCCGCCGUCACAGCAUCCUCGACCGUACCGAGGAACCAGAACGUCCACUGGCGGGACGUGAUGCAGAGAUAUGGAUGGGACUUUCUCCUCAUAUAA